GACUUUGCCGACACCGCACAGCUUCUCUCGCGGUCCAACGUGGACCAGCAUGCAUUGCAGGCCUUCGCCCGCGAGGCCGCAGACUUCUCGACCAAUCAGCAGCUGCCGUCCCUGGAGUUCUCCUUAAACCAAAACAACCAACCAGACGUCGCCUUGUUCGACUUCACCUGCAUCUCUGCAGCCGAACACGCCGCUGUCAUCAGAGAGCGCCACGGACACCAGCUGCUGGUCUCACUGGUGGGGGACAGUCUGCUGGAGCCCUUCUGGCCAAUGGGCACAGGCAUUGCUCGAGGGUUCCUGGCAGCGCUGGACUCUUCCUGGAUGAUCAGCAGGUGGGCUCAGGGGGCGGAGCCUCUGGAGGUCCUGGCAGAGAGAGAGAGUCUGUACCGCCUCCUCCCUCAGGCGACUCCUGAAAACCUUCAGAGGAACUUCAGCCGGUUCUCCAUCGACCCUCAGACCAGGUACCUGAACCCCAAUCUGAGGAGCAUCUCACCUGAGCAGGUGAGACACCUGCUGGACACAGGCGAGGAGGCGGGGCUUCACCCUGACAGUGAUGACAUCACCGUCAGAGAGAGUCAGCUGACCCUGCACUCGCUGCUCAGUCCGUCCAUCAAGAGGAACGCCAAGGAGCAGAAAGGCACUCUGGGUAAAAGGACGGGUCCGGAUCUGCAGUCAUGUGACCUGAACGGCGAUGAAGGCAUCCAGGUGUGUGAGGAGGCGCAGGUGGGCGGGGCCAAAGUGCGUCUGCUGGCCAAUCAGCUGCAGGCGAAACUUGAUCAGCAUUCUACUUCCUGCCGGAGUCCAGCUUCUUCUUCUGCUUCUUCUUCUGCUUCUUCUUCUGCUUCUCCUGCGGCGGCCUCACGUCUACAGGAGGAGGAGGAGCCUGCAGGCGGUCCCCCUGAUGCAGCUCCGCCUCAGGCCUCAUGGAGACUGAGGAAGAGGACCCUUCAACAAGAACAGAUGAGUUUUAGGUUCAGAGAGAAGAUCAAGUCUCAGGAGCAGGUGUGCUUCUUCUGUGAGGCCCGUGUUUACCUGAUGCAGCUUCAAACGGCUGAAGGUGUGUUUUUCCACCGAAGCUGCUUCCUGUGCUCCAGCUGCUGCAGCGCCCUGAGGCCGGGGGGGGGGCACGGCUACGACCCGCAGCUGCGGAGGUUUUACUGUCUGCACUGUGACCCCCGCCUGAGGACCCAACCCCCCCCCCACCGAGUGUCUAUCGCGUCUCUGGGCCCCCCCCUCUCCGGGCGCCGGCGCUCCUCAGCUGUUUCUGUGAGGGAGGGGGGAGAGAGGAGCGAAGAGGAGGAGCCCCCCCAUUGGUCCAGAGAGGAAGAGUCGCAGCUGAGGGAGGAAGAGGAGGAAGAGUCGCUGCAUCAUUUCAAUUUCAGCCUGAAAAACGAGGAGGACAAAACCAGUUCAGAGUCGGGGAUGGAGGAGGGGAGCAGUGGGACUUCAGAAGAGAACACUUCAUGGAGGGAAACUGUGAAGAAACACCUGAGAGAGGAAGAGGAGGAGGAGGAGGAGGAGGAGGAGGAGGAGGAGGAGGAGGAAGGCAGUGAACAGGAGUCGAGUGACGCAGCAGGAAGUGGAACGCCUCAGUCUGAGACCUCGCCCCCAAGACAUGGCUCCGCCCCUGAUGAGGAACUGUCCCCGGCCACACAUGCCGUUGUCACGGAAACCGCUCCCAGGGGGCGGGGCUCGUUUGACGCCAUCACCCCAGAUCUGCCGCCAUAUAAGGGCGUGGGGUCAGAGACAGAGGGGGCGGAGUCUGAGGAGAGGAGGACAGUUGUUCCUGCUGACAGGAAGCAGAAGAAGACUUCAGCCAAUCAGAAGACAGCUACAGGCGAUGAUGUCAUUGAUAAACACCUGUCCAAACUGACCUCCGACCUCCAGAGGGUCUCAGUGAAGGAGAACCAGGAGAACCAGGAGAACCGGGAGAACCGGGAGAAUCCGCCGUACGUUCCUCACGCUCUGGCCUUCAAACGAGCAUACGCCAUUAAGAGGCGCUCCCUGAGGACCCCCGCCCCUCAAAGACGGACCACCUCAUGUCCCCCUCUGGCGUCAGGGGGGCUGUUUCUCCCCCAGGAGCUGUCGAUCCUCAGCCUGAAGGAGGCGCUGUUCCUGAGGGGGGGGGAGGAGGAGAAGGGGGUCAGGAGGCGGGUCCCGGGGGAGCGGAGGCGGAGACGGGAAGAGCUGCAGAGGCUGCAUCGAGCUCAGAUGAUCCAGAGGCAGCUGCAGCAGGCGGAGGAGCAACAGAAACAGCUGGAGGAGAGGGGGGUGGGGCUGGAGAGGGUCCUGAGGGGGGAAGCAGAGUUUUGGGGCGACUCCCCCGACAGCGAGGAUGUGGAGCUUCACCUGGAAGGUCUGGGGAAACUGGCCCGCCCGGCGCUGAUGCAGCAGUGGUUCCUGUUGGUCCAGCAGAAGAACUGCCUGCUCCGAUACGAGUCUGAACUCAUGAUCUCGGCCCGGGAGGUGGAGUUGGAGGACCGGCAGAGUCGCCUGCAGCAGGAGCUCCGAGACCAGAUGGCCGUGGAAGACCACCUGAAGCCGGAGGUCCAGCUGGUGGAGGAGGUUCUGGUCCUGCAGGAGCUGCUGGAGGUGGUCCAGCAGAGAGACUCUCUGGUGGCUCAGCUGGAGGAGCAUCGGCUGCAGGGCAGGCAGGAGGACCAGGACCUGGAGGGGGUCCUGAGCCAGGGACUCGGUCUCACCUGGCCUUGAACCAGAGGACCUGGAGGGGGUCCUGAGUAGUGUUAAUUUCGUUGACUAAAACUAUGACGAAAUAUGUUCGUCAACGACCUUUUUUUCCAUGACUAAAACGAGAC